AAUCACAUGACUGUGACGAUAGAGGACAGCAACGCCGAAUCAGCUGCUCCGUUGCGUUGACGUGACUUGUAUUCAAUUCUGCAGGAAAUCUGAUCGCUCAUUCACUUUUGCAAUAGAGCCAGAUGUAAACAAAAUGUCUUCCAGGCGGCUAGGGAGCUCGCGGGCUCGGGGUCGAGAUCUGGCCCAUGAAGUCAAACAUUUUGGAGGGCUGACCAAGCAUUUGAAGAAGAUUAUAUUCGACUCUAAUAACUGUCUGACAGAACUGAAAACUUCAGAUCAUUUUGAAGAGGAAGUAAUCUCAACCCUUGUGUUGCCACCAGUUGCAGAUGAAAUUGUUGGAAAGGUGACAAAGAAUCCACCAGCUCUUGUCAUCUUUGGCCAGACUUACACAAGUAAAGCAACCCUAGUCAACAAGAUAUUCAGGGAAGACCUCUUUCAGAUUGUGGACGACUCUGAUAACAACAAGACAUGGCGAGCUGUACACCUGAAAUAUGGCUCCCAGCGGAAUACAAGGUUGACCCUUACCAACAGCUUCGAGCUGCUCAAUGAAGAGCCAGGGUCUCCGGUGAUGAGGAACUCUUGGACGGGGAUUCCCCGAGUGGAGAUGUUGGUGAAAGAGGAACAUCAAAAAGAUGCAUGCAUGCUAAGCGCAACCACAGAGGCAACACUGAAUCAUCCACUUCUUCAAUGCAAACUUCAAAUUCUUGUCACUCCACACAACUGUCCUGGAAUAUCAAUAUCACAGGCUUACAAUGUGUGCACUCAUAAUGUACUCCCCGUGCUCUUGUACUGUUUCGACAAAGAUCAGUUAUCCGAGGAGAACCUUCGUGAUUUGCAGGAGUUACAGAAUUGUGCAGGAACCCUUCCCAUAUUAUUUGUGGACUGCAGGGAGCCGAGCGAACCAUUAGUGGCCCACAGGGAAAGGCGUCUUGUUGAGGAUGCUCAUGAAGACUUUGAUGAUGAUUCAGCAUAUGACACCGAUGAGAGGAUAGAGGGAGAGCGGGAAAGGCACAAUGGAUUGGAUGCAAGGUUACGUCGUAGGUGCAGACCUACACCGAACGACAGGCCAAGUGUUAUAGACCAGCUAAGCAGGGCAGGCUUCAUCAGCUCUCCUGAGGAGAAUGGUAGAAUGCGUGGUGUCCUUGAUGUAUUCACCAUUGUCAACCAGGUAGAGGACCUCCAUAACUCUGCAGCUAUUGUGCAAUUCAUUCGUCGCUCCUUGCAAUAUUACUUGAUCAGAUGCUGCACUGCCAUGCACGAUCUCCACCAACACUGCAUGAAUCUGUUCAUUACGACAGCAUUUGACAUGCAGAGGGACAUUCUUGUGACACCAAAGCGAAUUGAAUAUGCAAGACAAAGGGAGAAUGAACUCUUUGAUUCCUUGAAAGACUUGACUAACCAAAAGCAGGAGCAGCUUCGGAGCUUGAUUCAGAGUACAGUUGCAGACAUGACAGAAGACUUGCUUGAACAAGCUGGAAAUUACAGAUUUACAGAUCUGGAAGUAAGCCAGGAGGGUAAGAUCCAGAGCCAGAAGGACAUCAAGAGGUGUACGGAACAGAUCCAGGACCUGGUUUUGGCCCGCCUCAAUGCCUGCGUUGUAGAGAAGCUGAUAGGAUCUGUGGAGCUGCUGAGAGAGAGUUUUCUAGGAACCCUUCAGAGAUGUCUAGCAAGCUUAGAGAAGAUAGAUGGGGAUCUGGAGACUUCUACCACUGUGGCACUCAGACAGAUCUUGAAUGCAGCGUAUCAGGUUGAAGUGAGUGUGCGCACCAGCUCUUCCGUUGUGAGGAUCAUAUGGGAACGCAUGAAGGAGUUCUUCCAAUCGAUCAAGCCAUUUAAGACACCCACCAGGGUGGACACAGAAUGGAAGAGGAAGGUGGCACAGACCAUGAUCAACAAUCUUGAUGAGUCCAAGCUCGCUAAAAGCAUCUGCUCUCAGUUUCGAUCAAGACUUAACAACUCCCAUGAGUCCUUCUCCACGUCUCUACGUCAACUAGAGCAGAAGCAUUCGGGCCGCCUGGAGAAGACAGAGGAACAGCGAAUGAAAGUGAGGAAGGUGUACGCCCCUCGCUUGGCCCGUCUGGCUCUAGAGAGUACCUCACUCAGGGAUAUGGUUCUAUAUGGAAUGCCGAAAUUGGAGCGAGAGAUUGGGCGUGGUCAGUAUGGGGUGGUGUACUCGUGUCGAUCUUGGGGUGGGGUGACCCACUGUGCUGUCAAGUCUGUGGUACCUCCAGAUGACAAACACUGGAAUGACUUGGCCAUGGAAUUCCACUACACAAGGUCCAUUGCAGAACACGACCGCAUCGUUGCUGUGAUUGGCUCCGUGAUCGACCACGGGUACGGUGGGAUGGGUUGCUCCCCAGCUGUGCUGCUUCUGAUGGAGAGAAUGCAAAGAGAUCUUCAUACUGCUAUCAAAGCUAACAUGGAACUACCUGAGAGGCUACAUGUGGCUCUUGAUGUCGCUGAGGGUGUCAGGUACCUUCACAGUCUGGGGCUGGUACAUAGGGAUAUCAAGCUCAAGAAUGUGCUGUUGGACAAGCAUGACCGAGGCAAGAUCACUGAUCUAGGAUUCUGCAAGCCCGAGGCCAUGAUGAGCGGUAGCAUCGUAGGGACACCCAUCCACAUGGCUCCAGAGCUCUUCUCUGGCAAGUACGAUAACAGCGUGGACACCUAUGCGUUUGGUAUAUUGCUGUGGUAUGUGUGUGCAGGGCAUGUAAAGCUUCCUCAGGCAUUUGAACAGUGUGCCAAUAAAGACCAUCUAUGGACGUCUGUCAAGAAAGGUGUGAGGCCAGAGAGGCUGCGUCCCCAGUUUGACGAUGCCAGCUGGAACCUGAUGAAGUCCUCCUGGGCAGGGGAACCCAGCGAGAGACCCCUACUAGGAGAGGUGCAAUCUAAGCUACAAGAUAUCUACACCAAAGCCCUUGCCAAGAGAGAGGCGGAGGGAGGAGGAGGAGGAGGAGCGAAGGAACAGCAGAAUCUAAAAUCAGAUACACUCUAGAGAAAAUGUCUUUGGGAAGUCACCUUGUAGAACUGUAAAGAAUGGACUGCCUUUGUCAAAGAUGAGUGGAAUACUGUAGCUGAGAUUUACAGUAACCCUGCGAGUACCAUAAUACCAAACGUGCAUGUAUAUGUAUUAGGUCAAAGCAAUGUGAUGCGGGUGGUAUGAGAAUGGUUUAGAUAUACCAGGAAGUGUCGUGUGAUGAGGUCUAAUCUGCAAGCUGCCCUAAUAAGUGAGGAAGCCUUAUGGAGGCAUUCUCAAGGAGAGGGUGCAGGAAGGGGGAACAUUUCUUUGGUAUUGGUAGAAGUGUCAUACAAUGCUGCAUAUGACGAGAGAAUGGAACAUUGCACUGUCCUGGUUGUCUAUGAUGACAGUGUAUCAGCCUCUAAUAAAUGUGAGGUGUACGAUCCAUUAA